AUGAACGGCGAAGGCUACUCUCGUGACGGACGAGGAAAGGGAUCUCGCGACUAUCCGAGGGAUCGCGAUGAUAGACGUGGUGAUAGAGAUAGACAUCGCGAGCGCAGACGCUCCCGUUCGCCUUAUGACCGAAGCUCGAGACGUCGCGACGACGAGGACAGCUAUGCGACCAGCCGUAGCCACCGUGAGCGCGAGCGCGAGGACAGAUACUCUGGCCGUGAUAGACGCGGUGAUAGAGAGUGGGAUCGCGACCGUGGAUCUUCCAGACGCGAUGCCAGAAGAGACGACGAUGACCAUCGACGCAGAGACCGCGACCCCUAUGACGACCGACGCCGAGGCGGACGAGAAAGACAUGAUGAUCCCCGCCGUGAACGCCAACGCAGCGCAACACCGCCUCCUAAGAAGCGGGAGCCUACACCUGAUCUGACCAACGUUACGUCGGUCCUUGAGCGCAAGCGGCGGUUGACUCAGUGGGACAUCAAACCCCCCGGUUAUGAGAAUGUCACUGCUGAACAAGCCAAGCUGUCAGGCAUGUUCCCAUUGCCCGGUGCUCCCCGUCAGCAGCCUAUGGACCCCAGCAAGCUUCAGGCCAUCAUGAACCAGCCGGGUGGACAGGUCAACAGUGCGGCGCUGAAGCCGAGCAACUCGCGCCAGGCCAAGCGACUCCUAAUCAACAACCUCCCCCCCUCGGCGACCGAGGACGGUAUUGUCAACUUCUUCAACUUGCAGCUCAACGGCUUGAAUGUCAUUGAAAGCACAGAUCCCUGCACAAGUUGCCAGCUCUCCAAGGACCACACUUUCGCAGUCGUCGAGUUCAGAAAUGCAUCUGAAGCUACGGUGGCGCUGGCGUUGGACGGAAUCUCAAUGGAGCCGGAUGAUGCGGCAAAUGGCUCAGCCGAGAACUACGGCCUUGUAAUUCGGCGUCCCAAGGACUACAUCGUUCCUGCUGUCGUGGACGACGUCCCUUAUGAGCCGGGCGUCGUUUCAAACGUCGUGAUCGACACACCGAACAAGGUUAGCAUCGCCAACAUGCCGCCAUACCUUUCCGACGAGCAGGUCACAGAGCUGUUAGUUUCCUUCGGAGAACUGAAGGCAUUUGUACUUGUCAGGGACAAGAGCACAGAAGAGUCCAGGGGCAUUGCGUUCUGCGAAUAUGUCGACCCUGCUGCUACGGAUGUAGCUAUCCAGGGGCUCAACGGUAUGGACCUUGGCGACAGGAAAUUGAGGGUGCAGAAGGCUAGCGUGGGAGUCACCCAGGUCGCCGGAGUUGAGAUGGGUGUUGCUGCCAUGUCUAUGCUGGCUGGAACGACUUCAACAGAUUCCGAGGAGACUCGCGUUCUGCAGUUGCUCAACAUGGUUACGCCCGAGGAGCUGAUGGAUAACGAUGAUUACGAAGAAAUCAAGGAGGACGUCGAAGAGGAGUGCAACAAGUUUGGUACUGUCCUCGAUGUUAAGAUUCCCCGGCCCGUUGGAGGAAGCAGACAAUCCGCUGGUGUUGGCAAGAUUUUUGUCAAGUUUGAAACGAAGGAGGCGGCCAAGAAGGCGCUCCAGGCGCUUGCAGGACGCAAGUUUGCGGACCGAACCGUUGUCACGACCUACUUCCCAGAGGAGAACUUCGAAGUCGGUGCUUGGUAA